CGCUCGUUCAACCUUCAUCGCCUCCAAGCCCUCCCUCCUUUAACCCGCUCGACAAGGGCUCUGAGCGCCCGACGACGCAGUCGAGUCGACUCUAGGGCCAUCAUGUCGGCUUCUCCAGGCCCCAAGCCGUCGCUCGACGCCAGCCUCGGCGCUUUCGUCCUCGGCACGGUCUUGUCCUGCUUCCUUGCGGGCGUCACCCUCACGCAGACCGUUUUGUACUUCUCGAACUUCUACCGCGUCGACCACCUCGCCCUCAUCCUUAUGACGAUCGCGCUCAAGACGAUCGGGAUGGCGCACACGGCGAUUUGCUGCCACACGGUCUACACCUGGACCGUCAGCGAGUACGGGAACUUGGCGGCUCUCGCCCUCGCACCCGUGCAGUUCGCCUGGGGACCGUUCCUCACCGGCCUCGCUGCAUUCAUCGUCCAGUGCUUCUACGCCUGGCGCGUGUUCGUCGUCUCGGGCCGCAAGAUCUUCAUCCCUGUCCAGCUCGCGUUCGCCACGGGCCUCACCUUCAGCUUGUACCGUUGGUCGUUCCGCUUCGCCCUCUUCUACAAGUACCGCUACGGCGUCGGACUGUGGCUCAUGGCCGGCGUGGCCACCGACCUGCUCAUCACUUUCUCCCUGGUCCACUACUUGCGCGCGUGCCUCUCCUCGACGAGCGACAGCAGCUGGCGCCCUCUCGUUCGCGCCCUGGUCAUCACGGUCGUGCAGACCAACGGCCUCACCCUCGUGACGACGGUCGUCAACGCCGUCCUCUUCCUCGCCGACGAGAACACGGCCUGGCACGUGGUGCCGGGGCUCAUGCUCGUGCAGAUGUACAUCGUCAGCGCCCUCGUCUCUCUCAACGCCCGCUCGUCUCUGCAGCGCUACGCCCCGAUCUCGACCCAGCCGACCCGCAGCCGCGUCACCUACAAGCCCUACCCGUCGCCCGAGUCGCCCAACGCCGGUUACCCGCUCGUGCCGCCCACGACCGUCGUCAGCAGGGUCAGCAGCGGCGGGCCGCGCGAGCUCGUCCGGACGGCGAGCAAGCGCAGCGUCGUCAGCGGCAUCAAGGUUACGCAGUUCAAGGAGGUCGAGAGCGAGUUCACGCUCGAGAAGCAGCUCGGGUUCGAGCUCGGCGGCCCCUUUUCCCUCUCGGCCAAGCCCAUCCCCGACUCGCCUUACCCGUUCUCGCCCGCCAACGCCCUGCGCGCCGACCGCGGCCUGUCGCACUCGACCUCGUUCGCCUCGAUUUCCGAGGAGCCCGAGAGCCCAAUCUGUGCGGCGCCUCCUCGCGGCGUGACGAGGUCGCGCAUGGGCGCGAGCGGGUGGUGA